GGCGGCUGCGCCGGGACCCGCCCUUCGCCCGGGGACCCUCGCCCGGGGAUCCGACACCGCCGCCCGACACCGCGGGGGGGGGAGGGCAGCGCUCCGGGGACCCCCCGGCACCGCCUCCCCGCGCGCCGGGCCUGGGCCCCCGCGGAUGAGGCGGUGAGGCCGCGGCCCUUCCCCCGCCCCCUCCCGGGGCCUCCCUUCCCCUCCCGGGUCCCCCCUCCCUCCCCGUCCCUCCCGCCUCCGCCGGGGCCUCGCGGCCCGCUCCCCAUGUAGGAGGGAGGGCCGAGGCCCCGGGGCGGGCGCGGAGGGAGUUUGAGGGAGUUUGAAGCCCGGGGGGGGUUCCCAGGAGUUCCCCUCGGCCGUUCCCGAGCGCAGCGGGGGAAGGAAGGAAUGCCCAACCCGGAGAGACAUGGGGGCAAGAAGGACGGCGGCGGCGGGGCCUCGCAGGCGGGCAGCUCCAACAGCAGGGAGAGGCACCGCGCGGGCUCCAGGCACAAGAGGCACAAAUCCAGGCACUCCAAGGAGUCCCCGCUGGCGGCCCAGGAGGCGGCGGCGCCCCUGGGAGCCGUGAUCAAGCCGCUGGUGGAGUACGACGACAUCAGCUCGGACUCGGACACCUUCUCGGACGACGUGGCCCUGAGGCCGGACAGGAGGGACAGCGAGGACAGGAGGGAGCGCGGCGAGAGGGCGCAGAAGCACCGGCACCACCAGCACAAGCGGCUGCGGGAGCUGAUGAAGAGCAAGCAGGCGGAGAAGGACAGGAAGCUGGAGAAGGGCCUGGAAGCCUCCAGCAGGUCCGCCAAGGAGAGGGUCUCGGGAUCCUCCAAGAGGCUCCCGGAGAGCGACGAGCACCCCAAGGCUCCCUCCUCCAAGAGCGGCAACAAGGAGUCGCGCUCGGCCAAGGCGCACAAGGAGAAGUCCAGGAAGGAGCGGGAGCUCAAGUCCAGCCACAAGGAGCGCGGCAAGAGCCACCGCAAAAGGGACGCCCCCAAGAGCUACAAAACCCUCGACAGCCCCAAGCGCAAGUCGCGGAGCCCCCACAGGAAGUGGUCGGACAGCCCCAAGCUGGACGACAGCCCCUCGGGAGCCUCCUACGUGCAGGAGUACGAGCUGAGCCCGCCGCGCUCGCACACGUCCAGCACCUACGAGCCCUACAGGAAGAGCCCCGGCGGCUCCUCUCGCCGGCAGUCGCUCAGCCCGCCCUACAAGGAGCCCAUGGGCUACCAGUCCAACGCCCGCUCGCCCAGCCCCUACAGCCGGCGGCAGCGCUCCGUGAGCCCCUACGCCCGCCGGCGCUCGUCCAGCUACGAGAGGGGCAGCGGCUCCUACAGCGGGAGGUCCCCGAGCCCCUACGGGCGCCGCCGCUCCAGCAGCCCCUUCGCCUCCAAGCGCUCCGUGAGCAGGAGCCCCAUCGCCAGGAAGUCCGUGAAGUCCCGGAGCCGCAGCCCUGGAUACUCAAGACACUCAUCUCACAGCAAAAAGCAGAGGUCUGGGUCCCGCAGCCGCCAUUCCAGCAUCUCCCCCACGAGGCUCCCGCUGAACUCCAGCCUGGGAGCAGAGCUCAGCAGGAAGAAGAAGGAGCGAGCGGCCGCGGCAGCAGCUGCGGCCAAGGUGGACGGGAAGGAGGCGAAGGGCUCCCCGGUGUUCCUGGCCAGGAAGGAGAACAGCCUGGCCGAGCUGAAGGAGGCCGGGCCGGAGUCUAAAAAGGCCACCAAAAGUGUUAAGUUGGAGAAGGCUCCGCCAGACCCAGAGUCAGUGAACUUACUGCACAGCAACGCCGAGCCCAAGGGCCCCGCGGAGCCGGCGAGGGCCCGGCCGGAGGAGAACGCGGAGCGCAAACAUCCCGCGCCAGCUCGGGACUCCAAACCCUCGGGAACAAAGGACUCGAAGCCCGGAGCGGCGGCGGAGGACCUGGUAUCUCCAAAGGAGACAGACACAGCGGAGAAGGAGAUCCCACCCCCCCUGCCCUCAAUCAAGUCCCCCCCUCCACCCCUGCCCACCACCACCCCUCCACCUCCGACUCCGCCGCUGCCGCCUUUGCCUCCGUCUCCCGCCGUCCCGCCUUUGCCUCCAGCCCAAGUGACUCCUGUCCAGGCCCCUCCUCCAGCCCCAACGUCUUUGCCAUCCUCCUCCCACCCAAGGACGUCUACUUUAUCCUCUCAGGUGAACUCCCAGUCCUCUGUGCAGGUGGCUACAAAAACCCAAGUGUCUGUGACGGCUGCUAUCCCACACCUGAAAACUUCCACCUUGCCUCCGCUUCCGCUGCCCCCUAUUUUAGUUGGGGAAGAUGACUUGGAUAGUCCAAAGGAGAUUCUUCCUCCGAAACCUGUGAAGAAGGACAGAGAGCAGAGACCACGCCACUUACUCACGGACCUCCCGCUCCCCCCGGAGCUCCCCGGGGGGGACCCAUCUCCUCCCGACUCCCCAGAACCAAAGGCAGCCACACCACCUCAGCAACCCUUCAAAAAGAGACCAAAAAUCUGUUGUCCUCGGUAUGGGGAGAGGAGACAGACGGAAAGCGACUGGGGGAAGCGCUGUGUGGACAAGUUUGACAUCAUUGGGAUUAUCGGAGAGGGGACCUACGGGCAGGUCUACAAAGCCAAGGACAAGGACACAGGUGAGCUGGUGGCCCUGAAGAAGGUGCGCCUGGACAACGAGAAGGAGGGAUUUCCCAUCACAGCCAUCCGGGAGAUCAAAAUCCUGCGGCAGCUCAUCCACCGCAGCGUCGUCAACAUGAAGGAGAUCGUCACGGACAAACAAGAUGCACUGGAUUUCAAGAAGGACAAAGGUGCCUUUUACCUUGUGUUUGAGUACAUGGACCAUGACCUAAUGGGGCUGCUAGAAUCUGGCUUGGUACAUUUCUCAGAGGACCAUAUCAAGUCUUUCAUGAAACAGUUAAUGGAGGGUCUGGACUAUUGUCACAAAAAGAACUUCCUUCAUCGAGACAUUAAGUGCUCCAACAUCUUACUGAACAACAGUGGGCAAAUCAAACUCGCAGAUUUUGGACUCGCCCGACUCUACAGCUCAGAGGAGAGCCGGCCCUACACCAACAAAGUGAUCACCUUGUGGUACCGACCCCCGGAGCUGCUGCUGGGGGAGGAGCGUUACACCCCUGCCAUCGACGUGUGGAGCUGUGGCUGUAUCCUCGGGGAACUGUUUACAAAGAAGCCUAUUUUUCAAGCCAAUCUGGAACUGGCUCAGCUUGAAUUAAUCAGCCGGCUCUGUGGGAGCCCCUGCCCAGCUGUGUGGCCAGAUGUGAUCAAGCUGCCCUACUUCAACACUAUGAAGCCCAAGAAGCAAUACCGCCGGCGCCUGCGCGAGGAGUUCUCCUUCAUUCCCUCGUCUGCUCUGGACCUGCUGGACCACAUGCUGACUCUGGACCCUGGCAAACGCUGCACAGCAGAGCAGGCCCUGCACAGUGACUUCCUGAAGGACGUUGACCUCAGCAAAAUGGCACCUCCAGACCUCCCCCACUGGCAGGAUUGCCACGAGCUGUGGAGCAAGAAGCGCCGGCGGCAGCGGCAGAGCGGGAUGGCCGUGGAGGAGCCUCCGGUGGCAAAAGUUUCUCGGAAAGAAACUACCUCUGUUACAAGCACAGACACUGUGAAAAACAACAGCAGUCCUGUGCCCCCCCAGCCUGCCCAGCUCAAAGCAGAGCCUGGGGCUGCAGAUGCAGUAGGCCUCGGGGACAUCACGCAGCAGCUGAACCAGAGCGAGCUGGCCGUGCUCCUGAACCUGCUGCAGAGCCAGACCGACCUGAGCGUGCCGCAGAUGGCCCAGCUCCUGAACGUGCACUCGAACCCCGAGAUGCAGCAGCAGCUGGAGGCCCUCAACCAGUCCAUCACGGCGCUGACCGAGGCCACGGCGCAGCACCACGAGCACCACGAGCCCCCGGCGGCGCCGCCAGAGGAAGCCAUAGAGGAGCCCCCUCCGGAGGUGCCGGAGGAGCAGCAGACUCCGGACGCAGCCAGCGCUCAGGGAGACAUGCAGAACGUGCUGGCGGUUCUGCUGAGUCAGCUCAUGAAGAGCCAGGAGCCCGGGAUCCCAUCCCUGGAGGAGAGCAACGGGGAGAAGAGCAGCGAGCAGCGGGCGCCCCGGAAAACCCCCACGAGGCACCCGGAGGAGAGCUCAGCGUGUCCUCCUGGCAUUGUCCCUCCAGAGAAGAGACCCCCCGAGCCCCCCGGACCGCCGCCGCCUCCUCCCGUGCCCGAAGGGGAUCUCUCCGGAGCAGCCCAGGAGUUGAAUCCGGCCGUGACGGCUGCGCUGCUCCAGCUCCUUUCCCAGCAGGACACGGAGCUGCCCGGCCAUGCCACGCAGGAGCCCCCGGCCCCGAGGGACUACGGCCGCUCCCACCCCUCCAGGACUUACAGCGCCGACGGCUCCGAGGGGGGAUUCGGUGCCGAGGAGCCGAACUCGGGCCAGACGCUUCUAGAACCUUCUGCCCAACCCCUGGGGAAAAGCAGGACCUUCUUGGGCUCCGUGAGCCACCUCGGGGAGACCAGCAACUACCAGGGCACGGGAUCGGUGCAGUUCCCAGGGGACCAGGACCUGCGUUUCGCCAGAGUCCCCGUCGGCCUCCACUCGCUCGGGCAAUCCUUCGGCAAAUCCGAGGGGAGCAACAACGCGCUGGGACACCCCGAGGCCAAAAUCCAGAGCUACGGCGAGUUGGGGCCGGGAACGGCCGGUUCCAGCGGGGCAGGGACGGGGCCCAGCUGGGGAGCCCCCACCCAGGCACCGUCUUCCUACGGGAAGGCGUUCCGAGGGCCUGGCAGAGUGCCUCCGAGGGGGGGCCGGGGCCGGGGGGUUCCCUACUGAGCAUUCCCGGGCCCCCCUCCCCACCCUCGCCUCUCCUCCUUCAGCCACAGGACUCGGUUUCCUUUUGGUUCUUUGGCCAGAGCAAGGUCUCGUCCACAUUUCAGCUGCUGC